GGUAAAAAGGCUCUGGUGGUGCUGGCUCACCAGGAACGGACCUCAUUUAGUUACGCCAUGAAGGAGGCAGCUGUGGAAGCCCUGAAGAAGAAAGGUUGGGCCGUCACGGUGUCUGACCUCUAUGCCAUGAAGUUCAACCCUCUUGUGUCACGGGACGACAUCACAGGAAGUCCACGUGAUCCAGAGAACUUCAAAUACCCAGCGGAGUCCUCGCACGCCUACAAAGAAGGCCGUCUGCGUAAAGACAUUGUAGAGGAACAGAAGAAGCUGGCCGAUGCCGAUUUGGUGAUAUUUCAGUUCCCAAUGUAUUGGUUUGGACUUCCAGCUAUCCUGAAGGGCUGGUUUGAUCGCAUUUUAACUGGGGGAUUUGCAUACAGCCAGUCAGAAAUGUACUAUAAUGGACCAUUCAAGAAUAAAAAGGCCGUCCUUUCGUUCACCACCGGAGGGCUGGAGUCCAUGUACUCUGCAACUGGGGUCAAUGGGGAUAUGAAUGUCUUACUCUGGCCCGUCCAGAGAGGAAUCCUGCAUUUCUGCGGCUUCCAGGUCCUUGAACCUCAGAUCAGCUACAGCAUCGGGCACACACCUCCCGAGAAACGCGCUCUCAUUCUGGAGGCCUGGCAGGCUCGUCUGGCCAAGAUCUGGGAGGAGAAACCCAUCAGCUUCGUGCCCAAUGAGGAAUUUGACAUGACCUUCCCUGGGGGGUUUGUACUGAAGAAGGAGGUGAUGGCGAAACAUAAGGACCAGUAUGGGCUCAGCGUGGGCCAGCACAUGGGGAGGCCCCUGCCGCCUGACAGUCAGGUCAAGGCGGGCAGCACAAGGCUCUGA